GGCGGCGCCUGCGCAGAAGGGUCACGUGGUGGCUGGCCGGGGAAAUGGCGGCUUCAGGAGAGAGCGGGACUUCGGGCGGCGGAGGCAGCACAGAGGAAGCAUUUAUGACCUUCUACAGUGAGGUGAAACAAAUAGAGAAGAGAGACUCGGUUCUAACAUCCAAAAAUCAGAUUGAAAGACUGACCCGUCCUGGUUCCUCUUACUUCAAUUUGAACCCAUUUGAGGUUCUUCAGAUCGAUCCUGAAGUUACAGAUGAAGAAAUAAAAAAGAGGUUUCGGCAGUUAUCCAUAUUGGUGCAUCCUGACAAAAAUCAAGAUGAUGCUGACAGAGCACAAAAGGCUUUUGAAGCUGUGGACAAAGCUUACAAGUUGCUACUGGAUCAGGAGCAAAAGAAGAGGGCCCUGGAUGUAAUUCAGGCAGGAAAAGAAUACGUGGAACACACUGUGAAAGAGCGAAAAAAACAAUUAAAGAAGGAAGGAAAACCUACGAUUGUAGAGGAGGAUGAUCCUGAGCUGUUCAAACAAGCUGUAUAUAAACAGACAAUGAAACUCUUUGCCGAGCUGGAAAUUAAAAGGAAAGAGAGAGAAGCCAAAGAGAUGCAUGAAAGGAAACGACAAAGGGAGGAAGAGAUCGAAGCUCAAGAAAAAGCCAAACGAGAAAGAGAGUGGCAGAAAAACUUUGAGGAAAGUCGAGAUGGUCGUGUAGACAGCUGGCGAAAUUUCCAAGCCAAUACAAAGGGGAAGAAAGAGAAGAAAAAUCGGACCUUCCUGAGACCACCAAAAGUAAAAAUGGAGCAGCGUGAGUGACCGCCCAGGGUCACAGGCACAGAACCUUCCCCCUGCUGUCUCCCUUCCUGCUUUGAAGGACUCAUUCUUUCCUCCCACUUCCGCCCCAACAUAGAGUAGUAUUUGCUUUUUAGUCCAUUUUGUUUUCAAUACAAUUUAAUAUCGAUCAGAGUAAUUCUUUUGUACAUUGAAAUGAGGGGCUUGGUUUAAAAAGAAGACCUUCCCCUCUCCCUGCCCCUAGAACCACCAGGAUUGGAAGGUGCCACCACUGGUGCUGCCUUCUCUUCUCACAGCCUGUAACUUAAUGUUUUGUACUUCACUGAAUUGUGAUGGUUAGAAACUUCGUGGAUAGUUUGUGGAAAUCAUCCAAUUAAACAUAUUGCUUAAAAUGGUGUUGCUGUGACUGCAGAGACAGGCCUGGGGUAUCUUAGGAAGCCCCUUCGCUUCAGUUGCUAGCUUUUGGGUGUGCUCCCUUUGAAGCCCCAGAUGAGACAGGGAACACUUGUGGACACUCAGAGCAGGCACCUGCUGCCCUGGUGCCCUGUGGCGUUUGGCAUGUGCCCUCCCGUCUACUGACCAAUCAGCGUGGCAUAAGGCCCACGCCACCCAAACCUUUCACUUUCCAAAGAGCUAGCUGUCCUCCAUCCAGUACCAUGGUGUCAUAGCUUGUCUGCAUUUGUUAGUGGUAAUGUUCUUUAUGUAUAAUAAAUUUUUAUACCCAAACUA